UGUGCAUGUUACCUCCCACCACCAGGUGUCGCUGUGAGCAGAGCGGAGCGCUGUGGUCAUCCGGGUAUCGCUCCGUUGUUUACGUUUCUCCAACAACAUGGAGGACGAGGUGGAUGUUGAUAUCGAGGGAGACGAGUUUGACAGCAGUAUUAGUGAGCUGGAUGGAGGAGGUUUAGUUCAGGAGCAGUUUAUUCAGUCUGCCUGGAAGAGCAGCGCAGGAAUCCUGCCCUGGGAGCUGGACAGCUCCAUCAGCCCGGAGAACAGGGAGGUGAUAGAGAGGAUGCUGCUGGAGGAACAAUACUAUCUGACAGGUGAAGGGAUUCCUAACCAUAUUUGGGAAAGUGAUGCUCACAACGAGCCCAAAGUGAAGAAGUCUCCAGCCAAGACGUCGGCUUCAGGCGCCUCUUCUCAUUGGUCCAAACAGGAGAAAGACCUGUUUGAGGAUGGACUGGCUCAGUUUGGUCGAAGGUGGACUAAGAUUGCCAAGUUGGUUGGAAGCCGUUCCAUUCUUCAGGUCAAGAGUUAUGCCAGACAGUAUUUUAAACACAAGGCUAAAUCAGAACCCAGAGCUGCAGCUCCCUCUGCUGGUCCUGCGCUGCACCUACAACCUCCUCAACCCACCUCCAGUCAUGCAGCCACCCUGACAAACACAGUCCGCAUAGAGAAGCUCUCUGAUGAAGAGGACGAGGAGGUGGACAUCACUGACGACCUGAGCGAUGACGGAGACGAUGACAACAAACCGCAGGCUGUUGUCAAAACUGAACCAGAGCAGCAGCUAGUGAGCACCGAGGUCCAGGAAGACACUGAGGAGCAGAAAGAGGCGGGUCUGACUGAGACAGAGGACCGACCCAGCCUCACCUCACUGUCUCCACAAAGUCCUCAACCCUCGUCUUCCCUCCCUUACUCAGAGAUGACUGGUUUUACUGGGCUGGAUGAGAAAGGCAGUGAACGAGCAUCACUCCCUCAGACAAACUUGGAGCAAAUGACUGAUGAGAACGAAGGCCAGAGCUCCCAGUGUGAGAGCUCAGCGCAGACUGGUCAACUGGAAGAGGCCUGUAGUGAUGGCACAGAUUCUGCUGAUAAGACUGAGCAGAGUCCAGCUGAAAAGGAAGACCAGGAGGAGGAUGAGGAAGAGGAGGAUGAGGAAGAGGAGGAGCUUAAGGCACCUGAGCAGGAAGUAGAGAUGGACAUGGAGACCAUCGCUGAGGAUGAGAAACAAGCUAUCCCAGAGUUCUUUGAGGGACGACCAUCAAAGACCCCUGAAAGAUAUCUGAAGAUCCGAAACUACAUCCUGGAUCAAUGGUUGAGGAGUAAACCCAAGUACCUGAACAAGACGUCAGUCCGUCCUGGACUGAAGAACUGCGGAGACGUCAACUGCAUCGGGAGAAUACACACCUACCUGGAGCUCAUUGGAGCCAUCAACUUCAACUGCGAGCAAGCGGUCUAUAAUCGGCCAAAGGUGGUGGACCGCUCCAAGCAUAAGGUGGGCAGAGAUGUGCUUGAGGCCUACCAGCUCGCCCAGAGACUGCAGAGCAUGCGGACCAGGAAGCGCCGUGUUCGGGACACAUGGGGAAACUGGUGUGACUCUAAAGAUUUGGAGGGACAGACGUUUGAGCAUCUCAGUGCAGAGGAACUCGCUCUGCGGAGAGAAGAGAUGAAGAAGCAGCCGAAACCCUGCAAGAUCUCCAGAUUCAGAGGGUCUAUUGAUCCCUUCCAGUUGAUUCCCUGCAGGUAUUUUGGAGAGGAUGUGCAGGAACCCUUCCAGGUCAUUGUGUGUGCAGAGACUCUUCUCAUAAUGGACAUGCAUGCCCACGUGUCGCGGGGGGAAGUCAUCGGCCUGCUGGGUGGAACCUUCAAUGAAGAAGAGAGAGUAUUAAAGAUCAGUGCAGCAGAGCCGUGCAACAGUGUGAGUACCGGUCUGCAGUGUGAGAUGGACCCGCUGUCUCAGACGCAGGCCUGUGACGUGCUGUCGUCUCUGGGCUUCAGCGUUGUGGGCUGGUACCACUCGCAUCCCACCUUCCACCCCAACCCGUCAGUACGGGACAUCAACACGCAGGACCAGUUCCAGAGUUAUUUCUCGCGUGGCGGAGCGCCCUUUAUCGGGAUGAUAGUGAGCCCGUAUGACCCGGCCAAUCCUUCGCCCCACUCCCAAACUACCUGUCUGCUGGUGAAAGAGAGCCAGGAGGCUUUGGGCCCACAGAAGCUGCCCUACAGAUUCGACUUCCUGUCAUCACAAGACAUUCCAGACUGGGAGCAGACGUUGAGGAGAGCUCAGUGGAUCAUCCACAAAUACUGUCAAACACCCUGGAGUGUGCAGAUGGACAGAUUCUUCCAGAAAGACUCCCAUCUCACCUGUCUGGAGAAGAUGCUGUCGUCUCUGGCCAGGUACCUGGAGCCCCUGCCAGAUGAGGAGGGAGAUUCCUUCCUCACCCAGAUCCAGGCCCUUUUCCAGUCCGACUUUAUUGCCAAGCAGGAGCCGUCUGACCAGGAAGAGGAGGAAUCUUUAAAUAUCUCACACAGACCAGUGGACUCAGAUGACUUUGCUUUUGAUCAGCUGAUGGGUGAGGAGAGGCCUCGGGAGGGAGGAAGAGGCUCUGAUCCGGAUUCUGGCAGAACUUCAGACGGCAGAGUACAGACCACAGACACGACCUCGGAGACAGACAGCAGCACAGUUUUACAUCUGGGCUCUGUGUUGUCCACUGAACAUGACUAUCUACUGUGAUGGACAAUAUAUCUGACUGUAUAUUUAACAAAGUAUAAACUCUUAUGUAAAUAUGAUGAAGGUUUUGUAUCAGUAUUAUCAACUCACUCAUUUAGUUUUUUAAUAUUUUAUUAUUUUUUAGUAAAGUCCUUUAACCAAAAGCUAGAAAGAGAGAGAGAGAGAGAGGACAAUGUAUGUGUCAACUUUCUAAGUGAAAUAAAAAUCUGUUUAUAUAU